AUGGGCCCAAACACACGAGACACCACCUGCACGCGCUGCAAUCGCGAUUUCCGCUCCACGGCCUCCAAAAACCACCACACCUGGUUCUCCAAACGGCACCACAUCUGCGAUGCGCACUACGCGUGCAAAUCAUGCGGAACGUGGUAUAACACGUAUGAUGAGUUCGAGGCGCACGAUACCAAGUUCCAUAACCGCUGCGGACUGUGUGAUCGGUAUUUCGCGAAUGAGAAUAAUCUGCACAUGCACCGCCGCAUCCACGACCCCCGCGCCCUAAAAUGCCACAGCGCCACAUGCAAAAAGCACUUCCCCUCCUUCUCAGCCAUGCUCAUCCACCUAGAAGCAGGCAACUGCCCCGGCGGCACAGACCUCCUUCAAGUCAACAUGCUGGCUGAGAUCUGCUACCAGGCGCGCAAGUACUUCACGUCGAUCAAGGAUGCGUGUCCGUUUUUCUGUCUGCGGUGUGGGCGGGAGUAUCGGUUGUUGUCGGGGUUGUUUCAGCAUGUGGAGACGACACCGGCGUGUAGGGAGUUGGCGGGGAAGGGGGGGUGUUUGGGGAAGUUGGAGAGGUUUAUUGCUAAGAAGGUGUAG